UUUUUGCCUUCUUACCGUUUUAAAUCUGAAAAGUAUUAACUAUUACACAUUAAGCAUUUGCCUUCAAAUAUUUAAUUCAUUAUUGAAUAAAAUAUUUUAAAAUAAUGGAUCAAAAGGCAUUUGACGAUGCCAUUAAUGAAACUAUGGAAUUAUUUGACAUGAAUUACUCCGAUGCACUUACAGAUACUAUAAAUCAGUUUCAGAAAAUGGGGAUGGAUAUGUCGAAAGUUAAAAUCAAACUUGAAUUGGCUGAUGGUCCGCUACCAUCUGCUCUGUAUCAAUUGAAAAAGUCUAGUGAUGUUACCAUGUGGGACGAAUUGGAGUUAAACAAAAUCGUUAAAAACCUGAAAACUGUUGAAAUUGAAUGCAAGACCAAGGAAGGACGUCAUUUAUCAAAAUUAAGUGGUGCCUAUAACAUUAUAUGUAAUUUUCUCGAAAGACUGGCAGACUUGAACGAUGACCACAAAACUCAAUUCAUCAAGACAUUUGAUGCUCUAUUAGGAGGUGGCCAAGUUGUAUAUGGUGCGGCAUUAGACGUCAUGGUUGAAAUGCUAAAGAACACUAAACACGAAGGAGUAUUACUCGCUUUGUUAUCCUGGUUUAAAACUAUUAGUGAAACAGAAGAUGAAAGAGAAGAACUACGUGUCAUAGGUUUGGGAGAAAUAAUAAAAAGUAUAUUGCUUUCUAAUACUACCAACAAAGAAAUCGUCAUUGGAACAUGUCAGUUGAUCAGAGCACAGGUACGAGAGGAUAACUGUAGUGGAGAUUUUUCUAAUGCUGGUGAACGAUCAAGGUUGAUGGCUUGUGAUGUAUUAGAACCGUUGAUUCUUAUCUUGAAGAAUGAUAUUAUUGUGAAAUCUGACGAAGUCACUAGUGAAAUAUUUUUUACAUUAGCUGUAAUUAUUGUGCGUUUUGAAUUUUGUCGUAAAUUUAAUGAAAGCAAAGGUUUAUCUAUAAUUAAACUAGCCAUGGAACAGCAUACUUCUAUGAAACUAAAUACUCAUUCGUUUAAACUUCUGAAGUCAUUAGCUGGUGAUGAUAUAGUGAAAGAUGAUAUCAGGAAAAUUGGUUUAUGUCCACUCGUCUUAUCAGCUUUGCAAAGACAUAUAAAUAAUAAACUACUGUGUAUAGAAGCGAUGAAAUUAAUAGCUGCGUUAACUUUACGUUCACCACUAAACAGUGCCGAGCUUGUCGGGUUAGGAGUUGCCGAACUUAUUGUACAAGCUAUGAAAGUUCAUUCAAAUGACUCUAAACAUCAGCAACACGCUUGCACUGCAAUUAGAAAUAUUGUUUCGAGAAACCGUGAGUUGGCCUCUGAGUUUUUGGCAUUAAGUGUCGAAAGUAUCAUCGAAAAGAUAAUUGCUCAGUACAACAGUUGUGAGUUUGAAGCAAAAAGUGCACUGAGAGAUCUUGGACUAGAAGUUAGUUUUAAGGAACAGUGGACUGGUAAAGGACAACAUUUGAAUCAAUGACCCUAUUAUGUUCUUAACAAUACAUUAGUCUUCUUCGACUUCAUCUUUAUUUUAUUGAUUCUGCUUAAAUUAAAUCAAUAAAUUAUAUAACAAACUAAUAGCACUAAUUUUCUUGUUACUUUUAUUUUUUUAUUUUUAUACUGUAAUUUAAAAAAUGUAA